AUGACUGUCGAAGCUGUGGCCGGGGUUGUCUGUUUAGGUAAGAUAGCUAUAGUCCAAUGGUGCGUCGGUAGAUUGGAGGAGAAGAAGAAGAAGAAAGGAGGCGGCAAGAAAACCCUGGGCGGGUUGGGCUUAAUCUUUCUUUCUCUUCAGCUCAACAAAGACAUCGACGUAAUUCGCUUUAAGGAAACCCCUCAGCCGACGUUCGAACUUCGAGCCAGCCGGCGAUGUAUCGAUAGACCUGGCACCGGAAAGUCGAGGGUGGAGAGAUACAAGAAGUCGAGGAAGCAGCUGGUAGGACGAGUUCAAAGUGCCAUCGGUGUUUGGGCCAGGAAGAUGCUCGAUGCGCCAGAGGGCAAAUGGCUCUUGAAUCUUAAAACUCAAGACCCAAAUGGUUUCGAUUUUGAGAGCAGAAUUUUGUUUCCACCAUACCAGAUACAACAUUAUAGGUUUGCUUACGAUGCUGAUGUAUUCACUCGUCUAGCGUAUUUUCAACGAUAUAUAUGGGCAUGCGGAAGACCGGAAGACUCUCAAUUCGAGCUUGCGGAUGUGGACAUGCCGGAUAAUGCUUGA